GCCCCUCGGCAGCGGCCGGGGCCGGACUACAGCUCCCGCCGCUCCGCGGGACCGCCCGGAAGGGCCGCCUCCCUCCCGCCGACUUCCUUCGGCAGCGCUGGGCGCCGGGCGCGUGAGAAGAAAAAUGACCUAAUCGCCAUCCAGCCCUUGUGGUCAAGGCAGGAGCAAAGGUAGGGCUGCCAGGAACAUGGCUUUGCCUGGAAGCUUACGGAGGCAGCCUGCAAACAGAGGCCUUGUGUCCCGUUGCACCCACCAUCAUAUUGUUGUGUUCCUGCUGACCUUCUUCAGCUAUUCCCUGCUCCAUGCUUCCAGAAAGACAUUCAGUAAUGUCAAAGUCAGCAUUUCCAGCCAAUGGACUCCUUCCUGCCUUAACAGCACGGCCCCUGAGCUCCGGCCAUAUGAGCUCUGGAACAGCAGCCAGUUAUUUCCAAAUGCAGAAGAAGCAACUCUCUUCCUGGGGACAUUGGACACUAUCUUUUUGUUUUCCUAUGCUGUGGGUCUCUUUGUCAGUGGCAUAGUUGGAGAUCGCCUGAAUUUACGCUGGGUUUUGUCUUUUGGCAUGUGUUCCUCUGCUCUGGUGGUAUUCUUCUUUGGCACACUCACAGAAUGGCUGCAUUUCUACAACAAGUGGUUCUACUGCUGUCUCUGGGUUGUGAAUGGCUUGCUGCAGUCCACUGGCUGGCCCUGCGUGGUUGCUGUCAUGGGAAAUUGGUUUGGAAAAGCUGGGAGAGGUUUUGUUUUUGGACUCUGGAGUGCCUGUGCAUCUGUGGGAAAUAUCCUUGGGGCAUUCCUUGCAUCCUGUGUUCUCAAAUAUGGCUAUGAGUAUGCUUUCUUGGUGACUGCCUCGGUACAGUUUGCUGGAGGAGUCAUUGUGUUCUUCGGGCUCCUGACGUCACCGAAGGAAGUGGGCCUCCCUGAACUUGGAGCAGAUGAAGACAUCGUUGUGGAAGAAGAUGCCAACAGACCUUUAAUGGGUAGUGAUGAUGCAGAUGAUGAUGACCGGAAUUACUCUAUUCAAGCAACUGACACUGACAACCAGCCAAAGGCCAUUGGAUUUUUCCAAGCUUGUUGCCUUCCUGGAGUAGUACUGUACUCUUUGGCCUAUGCCUGCUUGAAACUGGUGAAUUACUCAUUCUUCUUCUGGCUGCCCUUCUACCUCAGCAACAACUUUGGAUGGAAAGAAGCAGAAGCUGACCAGCUCUCAAUCUGGUAUGAUGUGGGAGGAAUCAUAGGUGGGACUAUCCAGGGCUUGAUUUCUGAUGUGCUACAGAAGAGAGCCCCAGUGCUAGCAAUUAGCCUGCUUUUUGCUGUAGGCUCUCUAUUUGGAUACAGCCGUUCUCCAAACAGCAAACCUAUCAAUGCUGUGAUCAUGACAAUUACAGGAUUUUUCAUCGGAGGCCCUUCUAACAUGAUCAGUUCUGCAAUUUCUGCUGACCUGGGGCGCCAGGAUCUGGUGAAAGGCAGCAGUGAGGCUCUGGCAACAGUCACAGGAAUUGUGGAUGGAACUGGCAGUAUCGGUGCUGCAGUGGGCCAGUAUCUAGUGUCUUUGAUCCAGGAGAACCUGGGGUGGAUGUGGGUUUUCUAUUUCUUCAUUCUAAUGACAAGUUCAACAAUCCUGUUCAUUUCACCACUGAUAGUGAGGGAGAUCAGGUUGCUUCUGCAUGAGCGGCGCCUGCGAUUGCUGGCAGAGUGACUUCUGCUUGCCUCUGGAAGGACUGUUGUAUGGAACUGACAGCUGGAACUCUAAUCAAAACUCUGGGAGACUUGUUUCUUACAUCCUCCAGGUCUGGAAUAAUUCAAAAUGGCUCCGCAAGACUGGAUUGACUCGCCUUUGGCGAGCUCAGUAGUGAAGUACCGAAUACCCAUCCUGAGACCGCCUGUGUCAUGGAGCUGCUGACCUAAGCCAGACAAUCCACGGGACUGAUGGAUUGUCCCAGACUCUUCCAUGGCAGCAGCCACACUUGAUUCCUCUGAGAGGUGGUCUCACUGCUAUACCCUUUCUUAUUUAUUUCUGGAUGUGCUGACCAAAGGUCAGCUGUUUAAAACUGACGGUUUUCGAGAGGCUGUCUUGCAAUGAAUUCUGAUGCUCUGUUGUGCUGGUGAAAUCACCCAGUGCAGUUCAUGGGUAGGUUAAAUUUAUGAUCACUUAAGCUUUUAGAGAGGGCAAAAGUAAUUAUCUGGAAUUUACACUGUCCUGUUGUUUAAAAACUGCUGUUGCUAAAUCUGUGCACAGAUGGACCUCUGCUAUCCCUAGCUAUUAAUUGUUACAUAUUCUAGUAGAGUCACAUGGAGAAGUCACAUCUAUAUUUGUUUUUAGCAUUUUUUAAUACUAUUACUAAUCUCUGAAAAAUGAGAUUUCAUUUUUUUUAACUAUUUAAGCAGACAAAUAGUGUGCAAUACUUUACUAUGACCUCUGAAAUAAGCCUUAAUAGAUCCUUUGUGUCUAAAGGAUACUUGAAUGGCUUCAGGGUUCAGUAAUGGGACACUUUCACUACAGCUUUGUUUAUUGAACCUGAUCAUUACUGACCAAAAUGGGUCUGUCAGGUGACCCUCUGAGGGAAACUGAUGUUAGUGACUUCAUACUUCUUGGGCAAUUGCUCAUCUCUAGCAAAGAAGGACCAGAAUGGAAUUAAAGGAGUUUAAGGGACCUGACUGCUCUUGGACAUAGGCUUCCAGACGGGGACUGAAGCGUACUCAUGGAAUAGCAUUUAUGAGCAACUGCUGCUGUGUUCCCCUAUGCUACUCUGCCUACUGCUGCCUAGGGGAACUCAAGCUCCAGGAUUUGAAAGCUUGAGUCAUGUAUCUUGAAGGGAAAGGUAGAGGCAAGUCAGCACUAAAAACAUGUGGCUGCACUUAGUGUGGUGGUGUUGGAGUGCUUUGCAGUGCUGCAGUAGGUAGGGUGACCGACUGACACCUCUGACAUUUGUUGGUGAUGUUAAAGGGGUCGCUGAGUAAGUUCUCAACAAAUUGUUUUCUGCUUCCUUGGAUGUUUCACUGUAAUAGGUAUGUGUUAACCUGCAGAACUUUUGACCAAACACCAUGUCCAACUAGUCAGCAAUGCUGGGAUGGGGGGCAGCAAAAUUCUUUGAGCUGAGAAUUUGAAACUUUUUAAAGGGCAACAGUUGCCUUUUUGACUUGUACAGUGAUUUUAUUUUAUUUUUUAAUUGAUGAAUGUCAAUUUUUAGUCAUACAUUGAUUGUAAUGAGAGGAAUAUCAUUAGUGCCUUACGGUUUUAGAGUACUGAACAGUUGCUUGGUGAUUGCUGCUUCUGCAGUGAUGUCUCUGUGCAGCUUUGCUUAAUGUGAAACUCAGUUGCUCCAUUUUGUACGUUUUUAGGGAGUCUUUCUUUCUCUCUUAGUGGAGGUGAUUCUUGCAUCUUUUUGCUAACCCUCAAAAAAUUUUACUGCUUGGGAAAAUGAUGCCAUUAAGCUGAUGUGGGACCUGAAUCCUGUUCUCGUUUCUUGUCAUUCCCAUUCCAAUUUUUGCCUGUAUAAUUAGAGCAGGAGACUGAGAAUCUAUCAUCCUGUUCUCAGAAUUAUGCCCUGGGGUUAGUGUUCACAUCCCAAGCUACUCAUUAGCCCCUGUACAAACAGAAUGAAACCUCCCUGAAAUUUAGUUCUAAAAUUGAUGGCGGCACCAUUUGCCCCAGCCAUGGCGUCUGAGAAUCUCUGGUUUCAAAUUCCAACCUGGAUGAGCUUUUUGGCCGUCUGGGCAGUAGAUAAGCUGCUGAUGAAAGGUGGGGUGGGAAAGGGACGUCGCCAGGGUCGGGGGGGGGGAGGAGAGGCCGCUCCCUGUAACAAAUGGCUUCCUGUAAACAGUUCUGUCCCCUCUGGAGAAGUGUCAGAUGUGAUUCGAGCACCGCAAGCACGGGUGGCCCGGCCACUGCAUCCAAGUGCACGGCGGUGCUUUGAGGCCACCCGCAAUUAGGGAGGCGUGCCUGUGGCUUCGGGAUUGUUGUUGUUGUCGUCGUGGUGCUGGAUUUUUGGUUCUGUGUAUUUCCUCAAGGUGCUCGGAUGGAGAACGGUUUUCAAUCUGGUUGUGUCCAAACUGAUCUCACGUGAAUAAACUUACUUUGACUUGA